GGACCAUUAUUUUACAAGGGAUGGUAUCAUCUGUUCUAUCAGUACAACCCAGAGUCAGCCGUGUGGGGAAACAUAGUGUGGGGGCAUGCCGUGUCCAAGGACCUCAUCCACUGGGACCACCUCCCCAUCGCGAUGGUGCCCGACCACUGGUACGACGCCAACGGGGUGUGGACGGGCUCCGCCACCGUGCUUCCCUCCGGCGAGGUGGUCAUGCUGUACACGGGGGCCACCCAGGAUCUGGUGCAGGUGCAGAACCUCGCCUUCCCCGCGGACCCGUCGGACCCGCUGCUAGUGAAGUGGGCCAAGUACCAGGGCAACCCUGUGCUGGUGCCCCCUCCGGGCAUUGGGGUGCGGGACUUCCGGGACCCGACCACGGCGUGGUACGAGGAGGGGCGGUGGAACAUCAUGAUCGGGUCAAAGGUGAACACCACGGGGGUGGCAAUGGUGUUCGACACGGAGGACUUCGUGCACUUCCGGCUGGUGAAGCGCGAGGCGCACGGGGUGGGCGGGACGGGGAUGUGGGAGUGCGUGGACUUGUACCCGGUGUGCAGCUCCCGCGGGGUGGACAGCAGCGGCGGCUGCGCCGAUGGGGGCGUGAUGAAGCACGUGCUGAAGACGAGCCUGGACGAUGAGCGGAAGGACUACUACGCGAUAGGGCGGUACGAGGCCCAUGUUUGGACCCCGGACCACCCGUCUCUGGACGCCGGCAUCGGCUUGCGCUACGAUUACGGCACUUAUUACGCCUCCAAAUCCUUCCAUGACCCCGUCAAGAGCAGACGGGUUAAUUGGGGUUGGAUUUCUGAAACCGACACUGAAUCUGCCGACCUACAAAAGGGCUGGGCCUCUCUCCAGGCCAUUCCAAGAACAAUAUUGCUUGACAAUCAAACCGGUACACACCUGCUACAGUGGCCGGUGGAGGAGGUUGAGAUGCUCAGAAGUGAAAAGUCCAGAUUUCAUAAGGUGGUGGAGCUUCAACCAGGCUCCCUUGUACACCUCGAUGUGGGGGAUGCCAAUCAGUUGGAUAUCGAGGGUGUAUUUGAAGUCGUAGAAGAUGAGGCAUUAGGAAAGGCAGGUGGAGGAAGCGACGUUCCGUACAGUUGUGGUGGUGGCGCCGCCCAACGCGGCGCCUUUGGGCCGUUUGGCUUGCUUGUUUUAGCUAACCUUGAAUUCUCCGAGCAAACUCCGAUCUACUUCUACAUUGCAAAGGAUGCAAAAGGAAAGUUCAAAACAUUCUUUUGUGCUGAUCAUUUAAGGUCAUCCCAAGCCACAGACGUAAGAAAGGAAACAUAUGGUACCAUGGUUCCAGUACUGGAUAGUGAAAGACUGCUCAUGAGAAUAUUGGUGGAUCAUUCAAUAGUAGAAUGCUUUGGUCAGGGAGGAAGAGCGUGCAUCACAUCAAGAGUGUAUCCAACAAAGGCAAUUGGUGCAGGGGCUAAACUGUAUUUGUUCAACAAUGCCACCCACGCCGUCGUUACUGCUUCACUCCAGGUCUGGCAAAUGGCACAAAAGGGGGCUGCCGCCGCCGCCGCCGCUCACCACCCCAUCUGGACCUCUCUCCUAUUUCUCAUCUUCCUUUUCUUCUAACCACACGCAAAUUGGCGGAGAGAUUAUUAUGUAUUGUUAAUCUUGUAUUAAUUGGACCAUUACCGCCCUGGUUAGCUGCUAAUUGAAUACAUACUUUUCUGUUUUAUUUUGUACUGUAGUAUUCACUCACUUAAUUAUCAAGUACCUACUCGAUCCGUAAUAAAAUCGAUGUAGUAAGGGAUCUCAACACUCCAUAUUCAGGGCGGAUCUAAUACAUUCAUUUAUUGGAGGAA